AUGCAUGACCAUAUUGCUACAAUGAAGGAUUCUUUUUGGAGUUUUAGUGAGAAGGGAACCUUAAAUCAUGUGUGGAUUGCCACGGAGAGAAUGGACUUCAAGCUAUCGGAUUUUUUCAGAGGUCAAGCGAAAAAAGACGAUACGCCAACGCCAGCACCACGUGAUCAUCGUCAUCUCGCAUCGAUGCUUGUUCAGAUUUUACAAGCACUUGCCUAUUUGCAUCAACGGGGAAUCAUGCAUCGAGAUGUGAAGUCAGACAACAUUGGACUCAGCAAGCCAUUCAAUUUGAAACUUUUCGAUUUUGGAGUUGCCAGGAUUCUUGAUGUUUUCGGAGUGCCAGGAAACAAGUACCAGGAAUUUUUCAAAAACAAGUUGAUAAAUGAGAAGCCACGUGACGGUACCUUCAACGCUUUUCUGACCACAGCCUGCACACGGCUUGGACCUCCACUUCGGGAUAUGAAUGGGGAGAACUUUCAAGAUCUUCUCGGCAAAAUGCUUUGCAUCAACCCACGAAGAACUUUGGCAAGAGAGCUUCUGGAACAGAAGUAUUUGAAAGCAAUGAAUGCCGAACUAUUGAAGAAUCAGGGCCAUAAUACGCUCGACGAUCACAAACGAAUGCAAAAUGAACGUGACAAGGAAACCCUGAUCAAGACACUCAAAAAUUUUUCGACGCAAUUG